GUUAUUAGUGCGGCAGGGACAAAGAUGGGUAGUCGAGUCUCGCAGCAGACAUUUUGACAUUUUUACCUUUGGUGAAGGUAAAAACAACAACAACAACAUCUGAAGGAUUCAUUUCUCUAUUAGCUCUGACAGAAAGAGUCCUGAUGGAUUCUACCUGUGGACGUGGAUACAUUACAGAUGGAAGACAGUGUAUAGAUGAAGAUGAGUGUAAAUAUGAAGAUAAAAUCUGUGGAGAGGAUGCAGAUUGCUACAACACUUUAGGUAGCUACUUCUGUCAUUGUCAAAAAGGAUUUACACCACCUGGAAACUUUACACAGGACACUUCAAAGAUAUGCCAAGACAUCAAUGAAUGUCGGGAGUACAGCAUUGAUUGUGGUCCUAAUGCAUCCUGUCAAAAUUAUGGAGGAUAUUAUUCAUGCUCAUGUGAUACUGGCUACUAUCCCAACAAUGGUGGAAAGACAUUUAUUGUUGGACAAGGAGUUCAGUGUAUUGCUGACAUAUGUUACACUGAUAAAUCUAUCUGUGGUGAAGGACUCUGCAAAAACGGCAAAGACGGCCAUGAAUGUGUAUGCAAGCCAGGAUUCACCAACUAUGGACGCAAACAAAUGAAAUGCACAGUUGAAGGUAUAUUUGACAAGUCCAUCAGUGGAGGAAAAAUCUGCACAAAACGCAAAGCUGCAGCAGUCAAGAUGACUCACAGUACAAAGAUCAGUGCUGUGUUAUCAGUUUUAGUGCUUAUUAUGUGGGAAUAAAAUUCUCUGGAAUGUCUCAUGAACAUUCAGAAUCAAACAAAGUGUAAUGAAUUAUAUCCCAGAUUGUGCAGUUUGUAAGGGUGUGCUAUUUUCUGAGUGAUCUGAUUAAGUAUUUUGCAAGUCCUACAGAGUCUCUUUGUAAUUAGGUUUGGUUAAUUGUGUCAGUUCAGUUCUUUGUUAUUUUAAAGACACAUUAAAGGCCUGACAAAAC